CCAGCCCUAGCGGCUGCUUUUCGUUGGGCAGCGUGGUGGCUGUGGACGCCGGUGAAGUGCCCUCGUUUUCUUUCGAAACAAAUUGCCGAAACGUUUAAAUUUUACUUGAAAAUGCCUUGUCGAAAGGAGAACUACAUUCUCUUGGAGCAGUCCGUGACUGUCGAUUCUAAAGAGGUGGACGCUCUUGUCACAAAAAUCGGCGAGGCUCUUCAGCUGCACAACAAUAGCGCUACACAGCAGACGAUGUCGCGUCUCCACGGUCUGACCAGCGGUGGUAGCAGCAGCAGCAGCAGCAACAACAACAACAACGGCAAGCAGAGCAACAACAGUAACACUGCCAUCGCACAGAAGAGAAAUGGCUGCUGUAUACGUCUUCGUAGCGGCCGAAAAGCGACCCGAGCAAGUCCAUACAACAUCCCCGGCUCCAGCGAUCAAGAAUGGGACCAUUUCGGAACGUGGAAACGAAAGGGACUCGACGGGUCGAGUAACGAAGACGACCCCCAUCAGCUCCUACAGGAACUCAUCUUAUCUGGGAACCUCAUCAAAGAAGCGGUUAGACGACUUCAGUUCCCCUCCGAGUCUCAACGUGAUUUCUCUAAACAAAUCGACUGAAACUGUGAACCGUCACAAAGCCAACGGACAGGAGGAGAACGUCGUGGUGGAUUAAAUUCGUUAUCUGAUCACCUCAGCUAACCCAGUUAGCCCAAGAGGUCACGAACUACCACUAUAACAUUCACACAUUAUUCAGUUCACAAAGACGAACUUUAUUAAAACCGCGAUGUCGGUUUAAAACGGAACUGUAAGGUUGUUUCGACUGUUAGCUAGCCGUGUUUUUGUUUGAAAUGUGACUCGACGUUCUGACUCUGUCACUAGCACGCGAAGGAAGACUCUUCCGAAUGAAAUGAAAUGUAAACGGCGAGUUAUUUGUCCUUAAACUCCACACGUAUUGUGUUCACAUUGUGUUUUGAAACGAUAUUCCUGUUUGCAGGCUAGUAGACCAAACGGUCGGUGCAUCAUGUUUGAGUAGCAAGUAAGAGGUUUAGCAUCGUGCUACCUUUUGUUUACAGUCUUCUGUCGGUAGCUUGCAACGGGGAUGGGCCACUGGUACUUAAACACACUCUCUCACACACACACACUGAACAAUAAGGUACUUCAUUUCAUGUUUUUGGACUUUCAAACUGUUUUCUACAACCACGUGGAUUUCUCCAUCGAAACCCAGGAACUGGUCUGUGUUUUAAAGAGAAUAUCGUUUUGUAAUGAAAGAGGAGUGUGAGAAGAUUUUUCACAUCAGAUUCUCGUUCUUUGAGAAUUCCUGUAUGGAGUUCGUCGGUUUCUCUGCUUUCUCUCUAAUGUCUGUAUACUUCGUAACGAAGUCAUUUUAACAGCCCUGACUUUUUUCCAGGCAGUUUGGUCUAUAAUAAACACGGUGGAUUUUUUUUCA